AUGGAGGAACAAGAGAAGGUUUCAGAUUCUGAACAGAAAUUGUGUGAAAAGAUCUUGAGAUCAUUGCAUCCCAGGUUCGACUAUGUUGUGUGCGCAAUUGAAGAAUCUAAAGACAUUUCCGCAUUGAGUCUUGAAGAGUUGCAGGGAACUCUAGAAGCAAGAGAGUUGAGAAUGGAUGAAAGGAGUGGGGGAAAUUCUGGAAAUCAGGCAUUUGUAGCAUAUGCCAACAAGAGGGGAGACCAAAAAAGGAAAUGGAGGAAGAACAAAUUCAAGAAACCUGGAGAUAAGUCUGAAUCUUCAUCAAAAGGAGGAAUUUCGAGUGGUAAAUCAAAAGGAAAUUCAAGAAACUUUGACAAGAAGAAGGUGCAAUGUUACAACUGUGAGAAGUUUGGACAUUUUGCAUAUGAAUGUUGGGCUGGCAAAGGAGGGAAACAGAAGAAGAAAGGAGAAGAUGAAACAUGUGCUGCUCAAGAAUGUUCUUCAUCAGACUCAGAUACAGUCUUGAUGUUGGCUACCACAAACGAAGAACGAUCUUCGUUUUCAACCACAUACGAAGAACGAUCUUCAGCCACAGACGAAGAACGAUACUUGUUUUCUGAAACAGCCUUGUUAAUGGCCACCACAAACGAAGAACAUUCUCCAUCUCAUGUAUGGUUCCUUGAUACUGGUUGUUCCAAUCACAUGACAAGUCAUAAAGAAUGGCUGGUAGAUAUUGAUAAAUCAAGAAAGAGUAAAAUAAGGUUUGUUGAUUAUAGAACUUUGGAAGCUGAGGGAGCUGGCAACAUGGUGAUUAAAAGAAGAAAUGGGAAGACAUUAAUGAUAGAGAAUGUAUUGUAUGUGCCAGGAAUGAAGAGCAAUUUGCUGAGCAUUGGGCAGCUAAUUCAAAAGGGUUUUUAA